CUCCUCCUCCGGGGCGGUGCGGGCGGACUCGGCCCGGGCCUCGCCGCCUGCCGCCGGUGCGGGGCCAUGGCGAGCCUCCUGCCGCGGCGAGUCGCCGCCGCCAGUCGCUGCCGCCGUCUCCUCCUUCUCCCCCCGCCGCCCCUGGGUCCGGCGGCGGCGCGGCGCGGCAGCUGGGCUCUGCCGGCCGCCCUGGUGCGGCGGGGCGGCCUGGUGGGCGGCCGCUGGGUGGAGACGGCCGCUGCUUUCCCCGUGCAGGACCCGGCCAGCGGCGAGGAGCUGGGCCGAGUGGCCGACUGCGGGCCGGCCGAGGCGCGGGAGGCCGUGCGGGCCGCGCACGAAGCCGGCGCCGCCUGGGGCCGCCUCCCCGCCAAGGAGAGGAGCCUGCGGCUGCGGCGGUGGUACGAGCUGAUGCUGGAGAACAAGGAGGAGCUGGCGAGGAUCAUAACGGCCGAGAACGGGAAGCCUCUGAAAGAAGCACAGGGUGAAAUCCUGUAUUCUGCCUCGUUUCUGGAGUGGUUUGCAGAGGAAGCUCGCCGGGUUUAUGGUGAUGUUAUUCCAGCAUCUGCAAAAGACAGAAGAAUCCUGGCGCUGAAGCAGCCAGUAGGAGUGGCAGCCAUUAUAACUCCAUGGAAUUUCCCCAGCGCAAUGAUUACCCGGAAGGUUGGUGCAGCUCUGGCAGCUGGCUGCACGGUGGUAGUGAAACCUGCAGAGGACACACCGUUAUCAGCAUUAGCUCUUGGGGAGCUUGCAAACCAGGCUGGAAUUCCAGCGGGAGUGUAUAAUGUUGUUCCUUGUUCCAGACAACAGACGCCAGCUGUAGGGGAAGUUCUGUGCACUGAUCCAUUGGUAGCCAAAAUAUCUUUUACUGGCUCUACAGCAACAGGAAAGAUAUUGCUGAAACAUGCAGCUGGCACUGUGAAGCGAGUUUCUAUGGAGCUUGGAGGACAUGCUCCAUUUAUAGUGUUUGACAGCGCCAAUGUGGACCGUGCUGUUGCAGGAGCCCUUGCUUCUAAGUAUAGAAACUCAGGGCAGACCUGUGUUUGCACAAACCGUUUCCUGGUGCAAAAGGGAAUCCAUGACGAAUUUGUGGAAAAGUUUGCUAAAGCUAUAGAGAGAGAACUACACGUCGGAAGUGGAUUUGAUGCAAAAACUACCCAAGGGCCACUAAUUAAUGAAAAAGCAGUGGAGAAGGUAGAGAGACACAUUAAUGAUGCAGUUUCUCAAGGAGCAUCUAUUGUGACUGGAGGGAAACGACACAGCUUGGGGAAGAAUUUCUUUGAGCCAACGUUACUUAGUAAUGUUUCAACAAAAAUGCUUUGCACCCAAGAGGAGACAUUUGGCCCCUUAGCACCAGUUAUCAAGUUCGAUACUGAAGCAGAAGCUAUUGCCAUAGCAAACGCAGCUAAUGUGGGUUUAGCAGGAUAUUUCUACUCCCAAGAUCCAGCUCAGAUCUGGAGAGUUGCAGAACAGCUGGAAGUUGGAAUGGUUGGUGUUAAUGAAGGCAUAAUCUCCUCAGUGGAGAGUCCUUUUGGUGGGGUAAAACAGUCCGGCUUAGGGCGAGAAGGUUCAAAAUACGGCAUCGAUGAAUACUUAGAAAUAAAAUAUGUCUGCUUUGGAGGCUUAUAAAAAUUUUCAAAAAGCACAAUCCCAAUGGCUUGGAAAAGAGUGCUGUAGUUUUAAUAAGCUUUUUGAACCAGAAAUAACGUAUGAAGGCAACUUCUACCUUCUUUACAACUAAGCAACCCUGUUCUGUAUGUGUAGAGAUAUUUACGAUGUUCUGUGCUGUCGUAUGUUUCUAUAUGUUCUUCAUUUAUACAUUCAGUUUUCCAGCAAUGUAAUCACAGUGCCCAUCAUUUUUAGUAAGGAGUAGGGAAGACUGGGAGGGCUUGGAGACUUGUGCAUAACGAAAAUAAAUCGUAAGGCAAUGGAAAACUAGACCACCAUUUUCUGCUGUCUUUAAUAGUUCGGUGUGGAUGUACGAGGCUUUGGGGACAGCAGUCUCCCUUUAGAAUUUUGUGUAAAUACCCACAUUCUCUAAUGUGGUUAUGUGACCUUCUUUUAGAAGCAGGUGUGUUUGGUUUUUUUAAUUUUGGGAGAAUCUGAUGCUUAUGAAAGGUGAGGAAUUGCUUUUAGCUACAUCUAGGCAUC